UCUUUCUUUGUUCUGGUCCUGCUUUCUUAUCAUGGUCUGUGCAGAGUUGAUUCGGGGUUUCUUAGCUUUAGUGGUUCCCUCAACUUUAUUCUACUGUCAUCGCCUACUGCUGCUUAUGUCUGUGCAUAUCUUAGCCGCUUGUUUCUCCCGUGGACGGGUGUUGAGGACGACCGGCCAGAGCAAGAGCAGCCUGCAUUUCUGGGACUGGUAAUCUCGAGUAGCUAAUACGAUAUUUAGGGUAUUCUGUAUAAGCUUUCAGGAAUCGUUGAAGAUUGAGCUUCUCAUAUGGUCAGACAGACAGGACAGUAAGUUUCUAAAAUAUAGAGAAAGGCUAUAAGGACCUUGAGCUAUGCCCGUCUCAGAGAGCAAAGAGACUGGGGUUAGAUCAGCUACCCCUCCUUCUAGUGAUUAUGGUGCAGGAGUUCCCAUCAAGAAACGAAGGUUUCCGUUUGUUCGUCCUCCAUCUCCGCCACCGCCACCACCACCUAAGGAACCAUCACCGCCACCGCCACCUAAGGAGCCCUCACCGCCGCCUAAGGAGCCAUCUCCACCACCUCAGGAACCAUCUCCGCCACCUCAUGAACCAUCAUUGCCAGAGAAAAUUGAUGAACAGCCGCAGAUGGGACAUGUUGCUUCUUUUAGCUCUGUCCCCUCAAUUUCUGGCGUUGCUGCAGCCCCAGGAAGCAAAAAGCAAGAAUCCAACAUAAUUGAAGCUAAAGUGAGCGAUGUUAGUGUAGGGGAGCGUGAUAGUCUUAAGGAGAAGAAUGAUUGCAUGGACAAAGUAACUUUUGAGCUUUCUACAGCAGUCGUCCGAGAACCAACGUUGGUGUUUGCUUCAGGUUCCUCAGAUGACAAGGAUAGAUCGGACAAGCCCAUGAAGGAUGAAAAUUUCGUGGGACAUGAUCGGAUGCUGGGAAGAUCUGAUUUUCCACUGGGUUUGAGCGAAAGUUGUCAUUUAACAGUAGAAGGAUCUUGUACCAAACACAAACUUGAAGUGGAUGACCAAUCCGGUAAAUCCGUUGCUUCGUCAAUGAUGGAUGCAGGUCUUGCUUGCCAAAAGAGUGAAGGGACUUGCCUGGAUCAACAUAAAUUUGAAAACAUCUCUUUAGAUUUGUCUCUGACCGAUGAGAAAAGCAGUCCAUCUACUGGCAGUGGGAAAAGAUCAAGCAGUGAUGCUUGUGCUAACAGGUCAAAUUGGGAUCUUAACACAACAAUGGAUGCAUGGGAAGAUUCUGCAGGCGAUUCAGUCUGUGUCGGUGCUGAUUCUGUCUAUGGUGGAUUGAAUGCCACCGCCGGCAACUAUGAGAUGAAGCCUUCUUCUCAGUCGACUGGAAAAUCUUUAGAACAGAAAUCUUUGGGGAGCAAAUGUAAGGGAAGUGCUCUUUCCAUGUCUUCCAGAGCAAUUGGUGAUAAUUAUAUAUCUGAAAAUUCUCUUAGUUUAGGCCUCCAACCAUCGUUUCUUCAACCAAAUCUCUUUCAAGAGCCACUUUCAUCUGCUAGCAUUUAUACAGGGGUGAACUAUACCCAGAUGUCGGUGUCAACUUGCAAGCCGAAUGUUGUUGCUCCGUUGAUUGUAAAAUCAGAACCCGUUGAUGGGUCUGUUAAACAGUCCUUUGGUGUUGUGAAGACAGUAGACAAUAGAACUGUGAAGUGCGAGUCCAGUGAUGCGCAAUUUUCGGAAGUCCGCGAGAGUCCAAUCUGUACGACCUUACAGACUACUGUAAAUUCCAGAUCGAUAAAAGCUGAGCCAGGUUGUGAGGGCAUGGAAGCAUCCAGAGCAAACGAGGAUGCAUGUCUUGGAUCUUGUGAACAGACGUCAAAUGGUUCUGAGUUAUGCUCACUGGUAAAACAAGCUGGAGAUACGAAUCACAUGUUGGAAACUGAAUCUUGUCCUUCUGAAUCAGCUGUAGAUCAUGAUACGGUUGGCACUAGCAAACAUUGUGCAGAAGGGGGUCAUCAUGAGGGGGAAUCAUCUCAGAUUCAGGAAACUUCGGAAAAUGACAUAAAGAUUGGUUCAGAUACUAUUACGACAAAUGUCGCUCCUGGUGGUAGCGAGCUACCUUCCAGCAUGGAGAAUGCACCAGAAGCGGAGAACACUGAGAUUGCACAUCACGAAGAACUUGGUUUCAAAGUGACUGACAAGAUCCCUCCUAGUUUGAAGGAAAAUGCUGAGGAUGCUGCUAGCGAUGGAGAAAAGAUUGAAAUAUCUGCCUGUAUGAUGGAAGAGGAUUGUUAUGAUUCUGAAUAUGAUUCAGAUGGAAACCUUGGUCCUUCUGUGGCUGUAGAUGCGGAACAUUUCCACCGAGAUGAUAAUGAGUACGAGGAUGGCGAGGUUCGGGAACAAGUCUUGCUCAGAACGUCAGAGGGACACACUGGUAAGGCGGAAGUUGAAAAUGUCAGCAAUUGUGAAUCUGAGUAUAAUAGAAUUGAUUUUGGCGAGAGCUCCUGUUAUAAUAGUGCUACUCUGCCUCCAGAGGGGGAUGAUGCUCGGACCCAGGUCGAUGGUCAAAUGAGCGAGAACCUUAUGACAGUAUUUUCUACAGCUACUGUGGGCAGCAAUGAAAAAAGUGUUGAUGAAGUUUCCCAUUUGCAAGAAUCAUCUCCAAUUGAAACAGGUGCUGUUAAUUCUGAAAUGACGAGUCCGGUGAAUACAACUGGCGGAAAGGUGCUUGAUGAUUCGGUGAGCCGAAGUCCAUCAAAGGACCUGGGAUCAGAUCCAUCAUAUGGUCAAGCCAUCGCCACCGCUAAUCUUGUUGAUGAAGAGGCUGCAAAAACUGACAGUAUUGUUUCUACUGGAAUUGGCGAUGAGACCGAUACAGGUUUGCCCAAGGCAGAAGCAUCUUUGAACAGUGAAAUUGUAUCAAACGAUGGAAAAUCCGACGGUAAUAAGCGGAGGAUCAUAAAUUUGGCUCGGUCUAAUGUUUCAUCUCCUGACAAAGCAAGAUCUAUAGCUGAUAGAUCUAUACCGCUACGAGCUGGAAGGAAAAGAUUACCAGAUAUUGCCCUCGAGGGAGAUAAGCCACUCAGAGGGAGGGACGAAUAUCGUGAUGAUGGUUUUAACAAAUUUCCAAGAGAGAGGAAUCAAGAUAUGUUUUCUCGAAACUCUAGAUCAAACUUUGCGCGGGAUAGAGCGAGAGUUUCCAAUGACAUCAGUGGCAAUUGGGAUUCUGAGCAGGAAUUGGGUUCAAAAGUUUAUAAUGGUUUUUCUGAGUUUCGUGCUAACAGAUACAAAUAUGCUCCAGAUUUUAGAAAUUACAAUGGUGUGACAGAGGAUGGUGUUGGUGGUGCCGGGCGGGGAGGAAGAAAGCUUUUGACUGAUGAGGCACCGAAUUUCCAUCAUCUGUCCUCGAGGAGGCGCUCCCCUGGAGGAAGAGAUGGACCUGCAGCUCGAGGCCAACCUAUGGUUGGUGGAAUACCAAGAAACAUUAGCCCUGCGAGAUGUAUUGAUGUGUCUGAUUCAGAAAUUGUCGGAUUGAGGCAUGGAAACAAGUUCAUGAGAGACUUCCAGGAUGAUAAUAUGGAACCAAUGUUUGCUUGUCAACCUUCAUACGGGGAAGCUGACGGUUUUAUUCGGAGGGACAGGAAUAUCACAUCCUUCAAGGGCAAAGUUUUUCGUCCUGUUCGUUCGAAAUCUCCUUUAAGAUUAAGAAGUAGGUCUCCUGUUGAAUGGUCACCCAGGAGAAGAUCUCCAGAAGGAUUUGGUGGCCAUCCGCCAUUGACUCAUAGGAGAUCUCCGGCAUUGUACAGAAGGAAUAGGAUGAGAUCACCUGAGCGCACUUGCUUCCAUGGUGAGAUGAUGAUUAGAAGGCAGAAUUCUCCUCCUUAUGGGACCCGACCGCUUGAUGAGUUGAGAGAGAUGAAUUCUGGAAGGGACCACGGUUUUCCUCGGCCUAUCAUGUCCAACAGAAGCCCAUCUGGGAGGCUUUCACUGAGAAAUCGAAGAUACGAUAUUAUUAAUUCACGGGAAAGGACACAUGGCGAGUACUUUAGUAUGCGCUCUGGCCGUUUCCAUGAACUAGGUGGAGAUGGAGACACCGAUGAGAGGAGAAGGUUGGGUGAAAAGCAUGGGCCUGUUCGCCAUUUCAGGCCUCCUUAUGGUGCUAAUGGGGAGAGUUUUAUGUACAAUGCAGAUGAAGCAUCUAGGUCAUAUAGGCUUUGUCCAGAAGAUGAUCCAGCAUAUCAUAAAAGAGGCAGCUCAAGGGAAACACAAUUAGACAGGAGGAAUAAGAAUCGGGCUGGAGAUGUGCAUAAAGCAAGAACAGUCGACGAGCAGGAAGGCAAUUACAGGCAUGGUGGACUGUCUGAUGAAUUUGAUGAUGCUUCUCGAAGUAAAAGAAAAAGGUUUUGAUCAGGUCCUAGUAUGGGUUUACAUGGGGAUGGCAUGUCUUGCUGGGGAUGAUGACUAAUGUACAGAAACAUCUUUUGACAAAUGGUAUGCUAAUUAUUGAUGCAUGUGGCACCAGCAGCAAGUUGGGGGACAUGAUCUAUCCAAGUUAUAACUCCAUGGUGUCAGAUUCAUCAUGUUUUGAGCUGACAUGAAUUUUGUGAAUCGAAUAGGGGAAUUUUGACGAAUCAGACCUUGUAUAAACUGGGAGGCCCCUUACAGAUGUUGAUCUGGCUCAAUGAAGAAGAUACUUAACAUCAAGCAUUCCCUACCUGAUGUGGAAUCAUUAGUUCGUCAGUAACUACCAGCAAGUCAUUAUCACUGCAAGGAUGAAAUCCAAUGAGUUCUUUAGCCGUCCUAGUACAUGUAAGGCUGUUAAAAGAAAUCCAUUUUGAUGAAUUGUCUGUCUCGCGUUAAAGCUUUCUUGGAGACUUCUCUGCAUGGUCAACUUGGAUAAACACAAAGUAUAUGAUUCCUUGCUUUUGAAGAUGCGUGCUUACUAGUCCAGUUCAUCUAUACUGGCACCAGGAGCUAAUAUUGUUUAGGGCCUUUAGAUGUUUUGGAUGUUUGGCUUAAGAAUCAAGUUUCUCUUUCUUCUCUUGCUGCAACUCCUGCUUGGGGUUAAAGAAUCACUGCAUUAGUCUCAUUUUAAUAGAGAAGCUGGUGGAGUAGAUACUGAUGAGUCUGCUCAUGGAGGACUUCUUACCUUAAGGUUCUGGAGAGAAAAUGCACUAGCAUUUCGGUAUCUUCAUCUUGUCACCAAUGUGAGAGGUGCUAUUGAGUCCAAGGCAAUGGUUGGUUGGGGAUUGCUUGGAGGUAUUUUUUCACUGCAGAGUUAAUGGCAUGGGUUUGGAGGCUCUUGGUUUACCCCUUGUUGAUUGAAAAAUGGAGAUGGUUGAUUUUGCUUAUCGGCAUUCAUCUGUCACCAGGACAUGUUUUUGUGUU